AUGGCGGCGGCGGCGGGCGAUCGCGCCUCGUCGUCGGGAUUCCCGGGCGCCGCGGCGGAGCCCGAGGCGGGCGGCGGCGGCGGAGCUCCAGGAAGCGGCGCGCCCGCAGCGGGCGCGGGGCUGCUGCGGGAGACUGGCAGCGCGGGCCGCGAGCGCGCGGACUGGCGGCGGCAGCAGCUGCGCAAAGUGAGGAGUGUGGAGCUGGACCAGCUGCCGGAGCAGCCGCUCUUCCUCACCGCCUCGCCGCCCUGCCCAUCUACUUCCCCGUCGCCGGAGCCCGCGGACGCGGCUGCAGGAGCGAGUGGCUUCCAGCCUGCGGCGGGACCGCCACCCCCGGGAGCAGCGAGUCGCUGCGGCUCCCACUCUGCCGAGCUGGCGGCCGCACGGGACAGCGGCGCCCGGAGCCCCGCGGGGGCCGAGCCGCCCUCUGCAGCGGCCCCCUCCGGUCGAGAGAUGGAGAAUAAAGAAACCCUCAAAGGAUUGCACAAGAUGGAUGACCGCCCAGAGGAGCGAAUGAUCAGGGAGAAGCUCAAGGCGACCUGUAUGCCUGCCUGGAAGCAUGAGUGGUUAGAAAGGAGGAACAGGAGAGGCCCUGUGGUGGUGAAACCAAUCCCUAUUAAAGGAGAUGGAUCUGAAAUGAGUAACUUGGCAGCUGAGCUCCAAGGAGAGGGCCAGGCAGGCUCUGCUGCACCAGCUCCCAAGGGCCGACGAAGCCCGUCUCCUGGCAGCUCCCCGUCAGGGCGCUCAGGGAAGCCGGAAUCCCCAGGAGUGAGACGGAAACGAGUGUCCCCAGUGCCUUUCCAGAGUGGCAGAAUCACACCACCGCGAAGAGCCCCGUCGCCAGAUGGCUUCUCACCGUACAGCCCAGAGGAGACGAGCCGCCGUGUGAACAAAGUGAUGAGGGCCAGGCUGUACCUCCUGCAGCAGAUAGGACCCAACUCUUUCCUGAUUGGAGGAGACAGUCCAGACAAUAAAUACCGCGUGUUUAUUGGGCCACAGAACUGCAGCUGUGGGCGUGGGACAUUCUGCAUUCACCUCUUGUUUGUCAUGCUCCGGGUGUUCCAGCUAGAACCUUCCGACCCCAUGCUAUGGAGAAAAACUUUAAAAAAUUUUGAGGUUGAGAGUUUGUUCCAGAAAUACCACAGUAGGCGUAGCUCAAGAAUCAAAGCUCCAUCUCGGAACACCAUCCAGAAGUUUGUCUCACGCAUGUCAAACUGUCACACAUUGUCAUCGUCUAGCACAUCCACAUCUAGUUCAGAAAACAGCAUCAAGGAUGAAGAGGAGCAGAUGUGUCCCAUCUGCUUGUUGGGCAUGCUGGAUGAGGAGAGCCUGACUGUGUGUGAAGAUGGCUGCAGGAACAAGCUGCACCACCACUGCAUGUCAAUCUGGGCAGAAGAAUGUAGAAGAAAUAGAGAACCGUUAAUAUGUCCCCUUUGUAGAUCUAAGUGGAGAUCCCAUGACUUCUACAGCCACGAGUUAUCAAGCCCCGUGGAUUCCCCUGCCUCCCUGCGAGGUGUACAGCAGCCCUCCUCCCCGCAACAGCCUGUGGCCGGAUCACAGCGGAGAAAUCAGGAAAGCAAUUUUAACCUUACUCAUUAUGGAACCCAGCAGAUUCCUCCCGCUUACAAAGAUUUAGCCGAGCCAUGGAUUCAGGCAUUCGGAAUGGAGCUCGUUGGCUGCUUAUUCUCUAGAAACUGGAACGUGAGGGAGAUGGCCCUUAGGCGCCUUUCCCACGAUGUUAGCGGGGCCCUGUUGUUGGCGAACGGGGAGAGCACUGGAACUUCUGGAGGCGGCAGCGGAGGCAGCCUAAGUGCUGGUGCCGCCAGUGGGUCUUCCCAGCCCAGCAUCUCAGGGGACGUGGUAGAGGCGUGCUGCAGCGUCCUGUCUAUCGUGUGCGCUGACCCUGUCUACAAAGUGUACGUUGCUGCUUUAAAAACACUGAGAGCCAUGCUGGUAUACACUCCUUGCCACAGCCUGGCAGAAAGAAUCAAACUUCAGAGACUUCUCCGGCCAGUGGUAGACACCAUCCUAGUGAAGUGCGCAGACGCCAAUAGCCGCACGAGUCAGCUGUCCAUAUCAACACUGUUGGAGCUCUGCAAGGGCCAAGCGGGGGAGUUGGCAGUUGGACGAGAAAUACUUAAAGCUGGAUCCAUCGGUGUUGGUGGUGUUGAUUACGUCUUAAGUUGUAUUCUUGGAAACCAAGCUGAAUCAAACAACUGGCAAGAACUCCUGGGUCGCCUCUGUCUUAUAGACAGAUUGCUGUUGGAAUUUCCUGCUGAAUUUUAUCCUCAUAUUGUCAGUACCGAUGUCUCACAAGCUGAGCCUGUUGAAAUCAGGUAUAAGAAGCUGCUGUCCCUCUUAGCCUUUGCCUUGCAAUCCAUUGACAAUUCCCACUCUAUGGUCGGCAAACUCUCGCGGAGGAUUUAUCUGAGCUCAGCACGAAUGGUGACCGCAGUGCCCGCCCUGUUUUCCAAGCUGGUGACCAUGCUGAGUGCUUCUGGCUCCUCCCACUUCGCCAGGAUGCGCCGGCGUCUCAUGGCCAUUGCAGACGAGGUAGAAAUUGCCGAGGUCAUCCAGCUGGGUGCGGAAGACACUUUGGAUGGCCAGCAGGACAGCUCGCAGGCACUGGCCCCUCCCCGCUAUCCCGAGAGCAGCUCCCUUGAGCACACAGCCCAUGUAGAGAAAACUGGAAAAGGAUUAAAAGCUACGAGACUGAGUGCCAGCUCAGAGGACAUUUCUGACAGACUGGCUGGCAUUUCUGUAGGACUUCCUAGUUCAGCAACAACAGAACAACCAAAGCCAACGGUUCAAACAAAAGGCAGACCCCACAGUCAGUGUUUGAACUCCUCUCCUUUGUCUCCUCCUCAGUUGAUGUUUCCAGCAAUAUCAGCCCCAUGUUCAUCUGCCCCGUCUGUCCCAGCUGGCUCUGCAACAGAUGCUUCUAAGCAUAGACCUCAGGCGUUUGUUCCCUGCAAAAUACCCUCUGCGUCUCCCCAAACACAGCGCAAGUUUUCCCUACAGUUCCAGAGGACCUGCUCUGAGAACCGAGACUCAGAAAAACUCUCCCCAGUCUUUACUCAGUCGAGACCCCCACCCUCCGGUAACAUACACAGGCCACAGCCAUCCCGACCCGUUCCAGGUAGCACAAGCAAACUAGGGGAUGCCUCAAAGAACAGCAUGACACUCGACCUGAACAGUGCUUCCCAGUGUGAUGACAGCUUUGGCAGUGGCAGCAACAGUGGCGGCGCCGUCAUACCCAGUGAGGAGACGGCAUUCACCCCAGCAGAGGACAAGUGCAGGUUAGAUGUCAACACCGAGCUCAACUCCAGUAUCGAGGACCUUCUUGAAGCAUCUAUGCCUUCAAGUGACACAACAGUCACUUUCAAGUCCGAAGUCGCCGUCCUCUCUCCUGAGAAGGCCGAAAGUGACGACACCUACAAAGACGACGUCAAUCACAAUCAGAAGUGCAAAGAGAAGAUGGAGGCUGAGGAAGAGGAGGCGCUCGCGAUCGCCAUGGCAAUGUCGGCGUCCCAGGACGCCCUCCCCGUAGUCCCUCAGCUGCAGGUGGAGAAUGGAGAGGAUAUCAUCAUCAUCCAGCAGGAUACACCAGAAACUCUACCAGGACAUACCAAAGCGAAACAGCCCUACAGAGAAGACACCGAGUGGCUGAAAGGGCAGCAGAUCGGCCUCGGAGCAUUUUCUUCUUGUUACCAAGCACAGGAUGUGGGCACUGGAACUUUAAUGGCUGUGAAACAGGUGACCUACGUCAGAAACACAUCUUCUGAGCAGGAGGAAGUGGUGGAAGCCUUGAGGGAAGAGAUCAGGAUGAUGAGCCACCUCAACCAUCCGAACAUCAUCAGGAUGCUGGGGGCCACGUGCGAGAAGAGCAACUACAACCUCUUCAUCGAGUGGAUGGCGGGAGGGUCUGUAGCUCACCUCUUGAGUAAAUAUGGAGCCUUCAAGGAGUCAGUGGUCAUUAACUACACUGAGCAGCUACUCCGAGGCCUUUCCUAUCUCCACGAGAACCAGAUCAUUCACAGAGACGUCAAAGGGGCCAAUCUGCUCAUUGACAGCACCGGUCAGCGGCUGAGAAUUGCAGACUUCGGCGCUGCCGCCAGGUUGGCAUCCAAAGGAACUGGUGCAGGAGAGUUCCAGGGACAGUUACUGGGGACAAUUGCAUUCAUGGCACCUGAGGUACUAAGAGGUCAGCAGUACGGUAGGAGCUGUGACGUCUGGAGUGUUGGCUGCGCCAUUAUAGAAAUGGCCUGUGCAAAACCACCCUGGAACGCAGAAAAGCACUCCAAUCAUCUUGCUUUGAUAUUUAAGAUUGCGAGUGCAACUACUGCACCAUCCAUCCCGUCACACCUGUCCCCGGGUCUGCGCGACGUGGCUCUGCGCUGUUUAGAACUUCAACCUCAGGACAGACCUCCGUCAAGAGAGCUACUGAAGCAUCCUGUCUUCCGUACGACAUGGUAGUCAACUGUUCGGGAUGCGCAACGAGGAAAGAAAGCUCGUGGGCAGCCACGUUGAUAGUCUGCUGGCCCUCAUACCACUGACCAGCCGGAAGAGAGGCCAGAGGGGAGCCCGCACCUAAGCAUGUGACUGACAAAUCAUGACUGCACCUGAGCUCCGUCUGCAGACGGCUACAACUCGUGCAGGAGCUGUAAACCGUGCCUUUCACAGGACUGGCUCUUAGGUGAGCAGGAAGGCGAUGGAGUUUGCAUGGUUAAAUAGCAAGCAUAAAUUUAUUUUUGGAGCACUUUUUCAGCAAUAUUAGCAGCUGAGGGCUCAGGAUCAACUUUAAUGUGUUACUUCUUCCAUUUCAUCUAGGGUCACAGCAGGGGUUCUGCAAUUCCGUUUGGGUUUGUUUGUUUGAUUUUAUUGGGGUUUUUUUGUUUUUUUGUUUUUGUUUUUGUUUUUUAUCACUGGCUGUAAAAAAAAAAGAAAAUCAGAGUAUGCUAUGAAUAGCAGUAAAUACAUGUGUUUUUAAAGGUUAAUAACUUCUUUAUUACCCACAGUUGAAUUUUUUUUAACUCCUGGUUUAUUGUGGUUCAUUGUGCAUUUUACUGUCGGCCCGUUCAUUUCGUUUUUUUCGGAAAAUAUGGUUCUGUAUUUUCAUUUCACCUUCUUCAUUUGUGUUGAAUAUUCAGGGAAAGGUGAUCUCUUCAAACCAGAAAAAAAAAAAAAUAGAAGUAGGUGUGAAGUAGUUAAUUAAGUCUGUGCUGUUGCAAGAGUUCUGUUUUCUCCUCAUUGGCAUAUAGGGAAUACCGCUCAGUCUGCCCUCGUGGUGCAGGUUAAGUAGAAACUCACUCAGAACUCAGUUGUUCUUGGAUGCAGCUCACAGGGCAGGAUUGUCUGAAAGUUGGUGAAUUAUUUCCUAUUAUUUUGCUAGUCUAUAGGAAGUUCACACGUAAAUCUUCCUCUUUGUAACAAUCCAUCAUUCAUCCCCGCUGAUUGUAACGUAACUACUGUUUUCCUUCUGCCAUGCAUGAUGUUUUUAUACUAGACUGGGCUGAUAAACUCACUCACCUACCAAUCGGUAACGUUUUUUUAAACAAAUACUAAAUUUGCUCUGCAUUUAGAAAAUGCUCAGAAAGAAAAAUGAAGUUGAAUUUCAUUUACACACUUAAUUCCUGGCAUUUGCACAACUAUUUGUCUUAGCCUCAAGUUGAAUUCAGAUGCAUGGAAUCGUGAAGGAAAACGGUAGCCCUUUGUCCGUGUGUCUUUUAAACCAAGUACUGAUUAGCUCUUAGCUGUAACUUUGAGAUGUUAAGUUUUAACUCUUCAGAAGCCAGUGUGAAAUAAAAUUGGUUAUUCUCAAAGACUCAGGAUAAAGUAAAUAAGCUAUAUAUAUAUAUGUAUUUAUGUAGUACAUUUGGAAUGUACAACACAAAUUGGAAGUAAAAUAAGUCCCAAGACAAGUUUACAGGGAUAGACUGCAGAUAAUUUUCAAAGACAGUUUUAUGUAAAUGUGCUUCUUAGUGAAAUUUUACAUUCCUUUGUUUUGGAAGAUUGGCAAUAUUUGAAGAGUUAAAAAUAAUACAGAAAUGUGAAGUUUGGUAAUGCUAAAUGUAUUGUACUUGACUUUUUUUCUUUUUAUUUUUACUUUUUGACUACUUAGAAUUUUCACAAUUCUAAUGAGAUUGUCCCGAGUCUCUCAUGUGCAAGCUUUAAAGGACGCACUCUUGCCAUUUAAUGUACUGGAAGACCAUUGGUCAGAUGAGACUGUGUCUGACAGAGAUGUAAACUGUAUAAACUGAGGAACCUCAGCUAAUCAGUGUUACCGUGUAGAUCCACAUGCCUGCCACAUUUCAAACUCAGACUGUCCCCAGAUGUCAGGACCCACCGUGUUUGAGUUUGUUCGCAGUCCCCUCGGCUUGCUGGUAAUUGUGCUGUUUUGUUUUCGAUGCAAAUGUGAUGUGAUAUUCUUGUUUUCUUUGGAUCAAAGCUGGACUGAAAAUUGUAUUGUGUAAUUAUUUUUGUGUUUUUAAUGUUAUUUGGUACUCAAGUUGUAAAUAACGUCUACUGCUGUUUAUUCCAGUUUCUACUACCUCAGGUGUCCUAUAGAUUUUUCUUCUACCAAAGUUCACUCUCACAAUGAAAUUCUAUGUGCUGUGUGACUAUGAUUCCUAAGACUUCCAGGGCUUAAGGGCUAACUCCUAUUAGCACCUUACUAUGUAAGCAAAUGCUACAAAAAAAAAAAAAAAAAAAAAAAAACUCUGGGUUAAGAAAAUUUGGCUUAAAUGUAUCCUUUGUUAUUUUAAAUAUAUCGAGAUAUUUUAAUUAAAAUUUUUACCCCUUUGAACCAAUUUUAUAGUAUUUGUACCUAUUUUGGUGUUUUGUCUUUAUAGUAAAUAAAAGUUUUUGAACAAAA